AUGUCUUUUAAACUUAAGGAUGACGGUCUCCCAGGAGGAAAAGGUAAACCUGGAGGAAGAGGAUUUGUUCCACCUCCUCCAAAUCCACCUCCAAGAAAUGGCGGAGGUCAAACUGGAAACCCUUUCAACUCUUAA